AUGUCGGUGUCGACGGUGACCGCCCCCGCGCGCAGCUGGCGUUUUUACUUGGAGGGGGGCGCGGGCGGCGACGCGGGUGCUAUCGAUCCCGCCCAGGCGGGGCAGGCGAAGGCCGAGAUGGGCACGAUCGACCCCGACGCCCGUGCAAUGGCGCGCAGGGCUGUGGCCCUGAUGAAGAAGGCCGAUCCGGCUUUCGCAUGCUCGGAGGACGCCUUCGCCACCUGGCGCGCGCUCCGUGCAGUCCCGCCCAAGGGCUCUCGCGUCGCAGCGGCGCUUUUGAAGACCCAGCGAACCUCCGUGCAGCGCGCGGCCGCUGCGGGGAAGAAGUGCCGCAUGCAGUGCAAAAGCGCGCGACCGCAUCCGGGCGCCUGGGCCUUCGUGUGCUUGGUGAACCCGCGCGACUUCCCAGACUUGCCGUCGGGCGUUGGCCCGGGCUCCGUCUGGGUCGCCCAGUGGAAGUGCGACCCGGAGUGGUUGGGGGGCGACACGCGGUACAUCAAUUGCGAGGCUGCUGUCGUCCGGACGACGGUUGUGGGCGACCGAGGGGGCUCGGGCCUGCCCCCGGCCUUUUCAUGCCGCAGCCCCGCGGCGGACGCGCCGAGCCCCUCCGCGCCCGGUCGUUCCGGCCCAGCCGAGCCCGAUGAUUCCACCGUGGCCCGCGCUUCCGAGGCGGGCGCGGCGGCUGAUUCCGAGGGCGAGGGCGCCGCGGUGACCGCGAAGAAGCUCUGCGAGCACUUGAAGGCUUGCGCGGGCCAGCAGAGGAUUGCAAAGGCUCACGUGAACGACGCUGGUUCCGGGCAGUUCUGGGCGGGGCGUUUCACCGCGGACUCGGCGAAGCAGACGCCCCCGCUUGCGCCGCGCGACGUGAGCGCGCAAACGUUCAUUUUGAAGACGCUGCGGGGCGCGCCGUGUUACGACGACCUGGCGCCUUUCGCUGACGUGGUCGAGGAGUGGGCGAAGUGGCAGGGGGGCGAGGGGCCCGAGGCUAGCACGCUGCCCCUCGGCCGCGCCAUCUUCGAGUUGCGCGAGACGCCCGUGGAGGCCCAGAUCGAGCUCGGGGCCCCAUUGGCCUUCAAGGAGCAGCGGAAGUUCCUCUCCAGCCCGAUCGUGCGCGACUUCCAGCGCAAGCAGCUCGCCAGGCAUAUCGAGGUCCUGAGGGGCAGGUGCAGGUGCGCCAGCGGCCGCGCCGGCGAACUCUUCGAGAUCGCGGGCCGCAUCGGGGCGAGGAGCCAGUUGCAGGAGGUCUCUCUGGCGCGCGCCGCGGGCGGGAACAUGCCAGGGGAAAAGAAUGUGAAGUGCUUGUUCGCAGAGCCCGAGCGCUGUGGCAUGCUGCGCCCCCGGUGGCCCAAAAGCGAGUUCUUCGACCACAUGCGCGAGGUGUUGAGCGCCAAGAACGCCGUCGAAUACAUGCAGCUCGACGGCUUCAUGCGCUUCGCACCUCGCGCUUUCGAGAACGAGGAGCUGCUGGGGCCUGUGGCGAGACCGACCACGCGGGCAGUGUUGAUGGCCAUGAAGCACUUGUCUGCUCGCGCCAGCACGGCUGCAGGCUCAGAUGACCGGACUGGUCUGGUUGCCAAGGCGGUGGGGCGCGCGUUGUGCGCAGGGCGGCUGCGCCUCCAGGGCAAUGCCGACUGGCGAUCCCAGGAGCUUGAAGAGCGGGCUGACAUGUGGGAGUGCACCGGGAAAGCGAGUAAGAAGAUCUCGACCGAGGAGAGCGCAUCGCUGGGCCCCUUGGCGCGCGCCUCGAAUGGGGACGCGGAGAGGGCGGCCAAGGCGAGCCAGGCUGAGAAGGGCGCGGCCGCGGCGAGCCAGGCCGAGAAAGGCGCGGCCAAGGGCGAGGCGAAGCCGACCGAGGACAUAGGGGAGAAGGGGAAGGACGAAGGCACGGCGGGGAAGCUCCCCGCCGACGAGGCGGCAGGCGCGCCAGACCCCAAGAGGGCCAAAGGAGAGAGCGCGCGGCUAAAGGUCGGCGACAUCGUCUUCCUCGGCUCGCUGGAGUUCAAGGGGGACUGGGAGAAUUGCAAGGCUAAG